UUCCGGUCCCCAAACCAGAAGUGGAGCUUGCAGCCUCCCGGCAGGCGGGAUGGCGACUCGGACCGCGCUCCUACUGCUGCUCGGGGUGGCGGGCGCCGGCCCGGCCCCCGCCCAGGCCUCCCGGGGGGACCGAGAGCCCGUCUACCGAGAAUGCUUGACGCAAUGCGAGAAGCGCAACUGCUCCGGGCCCGGGCUGCGGCACUUCCGCUCCCACCAGCCGCUCUACAUGAGCCUCACAGGAUGGACCUGCAGAGAUGAAUGUAAAUAUGAAUGUAUGUGGUUGACGGUGGGCCUUUACGUCCAGGAAGGCUACAAAGUGCCUCAGUUUCAUGGAAAGUGGCCCUUUUCCCGCUUCCUGUUUUUUCAGGAGCCUGCUUCUGCCUUUGCUUCGUUCCUUAACGGACUUGCCAAUUUAGUGAUGCUGAACAGAUAUAAAGCUGCUGUCCCCCGUUCUUCUCCCAUGUACCAUACCUGCAUUGCCUUUGCUUGGGUUUCUUUAAAUGCCUGGUUCUGGUCUACAGUUUUCCAUACUCGAGAAACGAAUCUAACUGAGAAAAUGGAUUAUUUCUGUGCAUCAGCCGUCAUCCUUCACUCUGUCUACCUUUGUUGCGUCCGGACUCUGGGUCUGAAACGUCCAGCCUUUGCCACCGCCAUAGGGAUCUUCCUGCUCCUCUUCCUGGCCUGCCAUGUGUCGUAUCUGACGCUCGUGCGCUUUGACUAUGGUUACAAUAUGGUUGCCAACGUGGUAAUAGGCCUCCUCAACCUCUUCUGGUGGCUGGGUUGGUGCAUGAGGAACCAGCAACGCCUGCCGUACGUCUGGAAGUGUGUGGCGGUUGUGCUUCUUCUGCAAGUCUUGGCCCUCCUGGAGCUCCUGGACUUUCCACCUUUGCUCUGGGUCUUUGAUGCCCAUGCCAUCUGGCACAUCAGCACCAUCCCUGUCAAUAUCCUUUUCUACAGUUUCCUCGUCGACGACAGCCUCUAUCUUUUGAAGGCCAACUCCAUCAUUAAAGUAGACUGAAGGGGCUGGUGGAGCACAGCUUGGAGAACAGCACUGGUCUUGAUGGAAGACAUCCAUCGGUUCGUUUCCAGCAGGAGUGUGCUGUGUUCUGAGAACUGGUGGCAAUUUGCACUUCCUGUUUCUGCCCUCCUGCUUCUCCAGGAUCCACCUGUGGGUUCUGCUGCCAUGGUGUCCUAAACUGACAGUCUGCCUUUCUGCUGGAUGUAUCAGGAUAUACAUCUCGCCUCUCCUGAAACUUGCGCUCGAGUUCCGCGCGCUGCCUUCCCAAGUCUUUUCAUGCUUCUCUGGGGAGAUUUUGCUCGUGGCUUGUCCUAGUCGAUUCAUUUUCAAACAUUUGUUUUUAUUAUCCCGCCCUGAUUAGCUCUAUGGUGUUAGAUCUGCUGGUCUAAUAUGCUUUUGCUAAGUGGACUUCCAAAGGCAGCAUGGACAAUGCUUCUCGAAGCAGAAUUUUCAGAAGCCUUCUUUGUCAUGUGCCA